CGGCGCUUGCUUGCCUCUCCCGCUCGGCCUCGGCCGCGGCUGGUCACGUGAGGCGCGCGCCAUGGCGGCUCCCGCGGACGGCGCCGACCUGGAGGCCUCGCUGCUGAGCUUCGAGAAGCUGGACCGCGCCUCCCCGGACCUGUGGCCCGAGCAGCUGCCCGGGGUUGCCGAGUUCGCCGCCUCCUUCAAAAGCCCCAUUACAAGUUCUCCUCCCAAGUGGAUGGCUGAAUUAGAAAAUGAUGAUAUUGAUAUGUUGAAGGAGUUGGGGAGCCUCACUACAGCUAACCUGAUGGAAAAGGUUCGUGGCCUGCAGAACCUGGCUUAUCAGCUGGGACUGGAUGAAUCUGGAAAAGUGUGUUGGCAGAUUUGGCAAGUGUUUGAGGUCAGUUAUUAACCUCCUGCAACAGGAUGGGAGAAUGAGCUUACAUCUGACAACUUCCAGCCUACCAGCAUGGGUGAAAACACGUAUGUCAGUCUGGUGUUACCCAGUGACACAGAGAUUUCUGUUCCUGAGCUAACAUUGUCUUACAUAAAUCAGGUCACUGCUUAAUUUCCCAUUCAGAUGCUAAAGGUCUUAGAAUACUUGUGGCAGUACUCCUCUCAAAUUUCAUGCACUGCCUCCACAGUGAAACUUGCACUUUUGUAUAGGAUUCUCCUUUCACUUUGUUGUUCAUACUGUUUUCUACUUCUGUAGUUGUUACUUUUUCUACACUCAUGUGUAGUGGGAAGUGAUGUCAUUGCGUAAUAAAGAUGACUGUCAUCCCAAUUGCAAACAGCCAGCUCUUACUGUGUUUUUUUGAAGAAAGAGCUCCUUUCAUUGUUUCAUUUAGGAUUCUUGUUAACAGAUUGAUCCAGCUUUGAGGAUUUCAAGAGUAUUGUGGAGUUGUUUUUAAUGCUACCCAUAAAUAUUGACACUUUUUUUUUUCUGUUUAGUUAUGCUCUACCAUAGACCUUGGUUGCAAUUACUCUUGGACUACACAAAGCACCAAAAGUUUCAAGUCUUUCACCUUCCUUUCAGUGGGUAACACAACUUAGUAAUAAUAAACCUUUAGAGUCUUUCUGACUUCAAACCUAGGAUAGCCUAGUGCAUUCUUAAUAACAUAUCAUUAAGCUUAUUUUAACUUACUUCAAGUUUAUUUUAUUUUCGGUGCUAACAUCUGUUCAGACUGUGUAAAGCAUUUGGUGCAGUAGAAGUUGAAGUAUAACAGUGUAAGACUGAGUCAAAUGCAAAGAUUGGUUGAUGAUUUGCUUUCUUAGUUAAGUUGUAGGCCCUGAUGUCCAACAGUGUUGUUCUGCUAAAUGAACUUUAGCAGAGCCUGAGUUGCAGUAAAGCUAGGGUUAUGUUUGUUUCCUUGUUCCAUGUGUAAUAUUUGUUGCAUGUGUUUCCAUUUAUUUGUACUGAACACAAGUGCAGACAUAAAGAAGACAUAGUGAAAACUGAAAUAUGUGAGGCUCAACAGUUAUAACUUAAGUCUUGAAUUUUCAAGCUUUAUGAAAGGUUUCUGUGCUUGUAACUUCUUGUCACUAAAGGCAGUUUUCCUUUACACUGUAAUCCAUUGAGCACGUUGUGUGUGGUAAUACAGAUUUAUCUUUGGAAAAUUUUCCCCAAAAAUUAGUUGUGGAAUUUGAACAGAAGCUGCUCAGGACUUUUUCCUAAUACUGUCCUUAGGUUAUUCUCUUACGGACUUAGAUAAGUGAAAGAACAAGAAAAAAAUCCAAAAUAUCUGUUCAUUAGAGUUAAGGGACUUGUGGUUUUGUCUCAGACGUAUUGGGUUUGGUUAUACCUCUGUACUGAAGUUUACUAAUCUUUUGACUUGGCUGGUUCAUUGAAACUGGCUGUCAAAAGCAGGACAAAACCCACUGCUGACCAGUCUCCUCUAGAUGGCAGCAUGAGGCCUCCCGCAGAAAUCUUGCUUCUUUUUUAUAAAACUAGCGUUUCAAUUAUGGUUUGAAGCUGUUCUUCUCACGAUUGUUUUUUGUGAUGUAUUUUAUCUUCUGAAUGUCUUUUUUAAUGGUAUUUUCAAGUGUUUCAUCAACGGUGAGGCUGAGAGACAAUUCUGCUUCAACGUAUUAUUAUUGCUUUUCCUUCCAACUCUUCUCUUCUAGAUCCCACCUAAAAUCCUUCAUAUUUUCAAAGACUUAUUUUUCUCCAAGUUAUUAAUUACAUACUUUGCAGGACCAGGGUGAUUCCUGCAGCACUCCAUGAAAAAUGUAUCUGUUCAAUGAUGUUACAAUCAUGUUGUGAGAUCUGUUAUUGUUAUACCCUGUUCACAACAUCCUUUACAUCAGUUUUGCAUUAGAAUUCAUUAUGCAAAGUGUUGUGGGGCUGGGUGCCUUUUGAAAAGUUUCUUUAUUGAGGUACUAUUGCAACAUUAGCAUUGAAAUCUGAAUAAUUGAUUUGGCAUGAUGUAGAUUGAUAAAUUAAUAAUUGAGUUGCAUGCCUUGUUUCUUGAAUCCAUACGAACUCUGUUACUAUUUUGUCUAUAUAAGUGGACUUUCUUGACAAGUUUGGAACAGAUAUAUUGAAUGUUUUGUCCAUCUUGAUGGGACAUCUGAAUGGCUUUCAUCUAGGAACAGUUGAAUACUGUUACCUGAAUUCCACAUUUUUAUUAUCUACAAUUCCAGCUGUCCCUAAGUUUUUGGCCAUGGAUUUCUCAGUUCCUCUUUUGGUUGUGUGCUUUUCACAGAUUUCCUUUCUCUACAACUGACUUCCUCCCUACUUUCUUCCAUAGGGUUACCUUUGCUUUCUGUAACCCUGCCUAGCUUGUUGACUGCUCCAUGGCUUCUAUGAAUCAAUUUAAUUUGUCAACAUGUAAUUUAGCUUUUCUUUCCAGCUUGUUGAUCCACUUUCUUCCUGGCAUGCUAGUAGGUGCAUUCUUGUUCAGCCUAUUCCUUGCAGAAUAUUA